AUGUAUCUAAGAAAGCAUCUCGUUUCAUAUAUUCAAUAUUUUAUCAUUGCAGAUAAACUUGAACAAGUAUUUGUUGGUCCUCAUAAAGGUGAUGAUAUUAACACAAGUGUUGAUGCUCAAGCAAAUAUUGCUAGUGGUGUUUAUGGAGCUAAUCCAUCAUCAGUUAGUACUGCAACACAUCAUGGUUCUAAUAUUGGUGGUUUUUUUCCAAAGCCACUUGUAAGUAUUACUUAAAGAAGUAGAAAUUCUAAGGAUUGAAAGAUUCAAACAAUGUGCUGGUUUGGCUAGAAUCUGAUAGAGUUUUUUUUGCGAUUGAAUUCGAUACCAAAGUAUUUAUAGUGAGAGUUUUUUUUAUUUUAAACGUAGGCUGUAGUAACGGCACACACUAAACAACAUAUCUGUUAUUUAUGUCGAAGAAAAGGGCAAAAAAUUGAAGACUGUGUAAUAAGAGCAUAUAGAGUAUUUGUUAUGGAUACCUCACUAGUAAGUUUUACUUGCGGUUCAUCUCAGAUUUAAAUACUAACUAUUUUUUUUACCAUUCUAGACUUCUCACAUUCCGUGUGCUUUGAAUACUGGUGAUUAUUGAGGACUUGAUUGGAGCCAAGUAUCAGAAGAACAAAACAAAGAUUAUUAUAAAGACGAACCGAAUUAUUAUAAAAUAAGAUCAUGAUAAAAAACAGAAUUGAAAAUUUCUUUAAAAUAAAAAAGAAUUAUUUUGUGUGUAUUAAUUGAACUUAUUUCAGUUAAUUCAACUAAUUCUCACUACAACCAUCUUGAAUAGUUGAAUCUUUCUUUGUUACUAAUCAACGAGGAUGUUAGAUUUUAUUUGAUAGAGAUUUUAAUAAUUAGAACUUGUUCUUUCAAACGAUAAGAAUAUUUAAAACAAAAUUCACCUACGAUGAUCAUUCCAAAAUGUAGCAAAAUGUAAAAUUGCUGUCCUACUGAAACAAUAAAUGAUGUGGAGUUCUAUUAACUGCUUAGUAAGUAUAAUACUGAUGAUAAACGUGCGGAUAUUCAGUUUGCCAAGAAGAAAAAAGUUGUAACGGAUUCCAUCUGUUCUCACUCUCAUGUUCGUGACUGAAGAUGUCUUUUGUAACUCAUGUCAAAUAAUACAAACAAGAUAUAAAUCGAUACAAAUCUAAUACUUGUCGAUUGCGAAUUUAACGUUAUAAAAUAAAGUCUGUAGUAAUGCUGAUUAGACAGAAUUUUAGUCAAAAAAUUAUGUUUCAUUCACAAUUGAAAAUUGAUUGGCAACUAUUUCAAUUUAUUUAUUUGAUAAAAUACUACAACCAUACUACCUAUCAGUAUGUAUUUACUGGGCUUUUGAUAUGGUAUCGGUUGAACUGUGUUACUUAUAGCUCUUGACGAAGGCGGUGCUGAAAGGGACUAGUCCUCAUCACUUUUUAUGCCGUGUCUGCAAGCAUUUUGAGUUCUUGUCUGAAAACUGUCUUCCAAACUUUAGACGAUAACUUUUUCUCAGCCACUUUCUGCUAAAUAGACUACCUAUGACUGUCUGCUAAAUUUUUAGUCUCUCUCCUUCUCUGAAGAAUCAUUGAAAGCCAUGGUGUCAACUUAGAUUUAUCCCUAAACUGAAUGAUAAACUUUUUUUCUUUAAUGAAUACCACUGAAAUCUCUAAAAAGAUAUUUCAAAACGAAAAGAAUGUUUGAAAGAUAGUGUUGAUUGUUUUGUUAUCAUAAAAAGAAAAGAGUUUGGCCCAUUAAUUCAUAUUUGCUAAAAAAACGUUUCACCAUUAAUGUUUUCAUAUCUAGCUAUUUUGGCAUUCUGAUUUAUUGAUCCUAAUACAAUCGAAUGUGCAUUUGUCUACGAAAGGCUUAUAAUAUCAUUAUGGCAACAAUCAAUUCAUUUAUUUGAUACACCAUUUUUCAAGCUUUACGAACUACUAUUAUUUGAAAUGCAUAGUGUAUUAAUUUAUAAUAACAUAUUUAAGAAUUCGUUAAUAUAAUCAGAUAAAAAUUCUGAUCUGCACUUCUUUCAGCUAUUUCAACGUUAUAAAUAAGCUUUUUUAAUAAUGAACUCUUCACCAGAGAAUCUUUGCCAAAUAAAUAUUUCGAACAAUUGUUGGUAAAAUAUUUAUAGACUUUAAACCAACUAAAUCAACAUGUGUGGUUAUGAAAAUAAUGAAAUAAUUAAAAACGUUUCAAUGAAUUUAAUUUGUAUUAAAAAUCAUGAAAUUUUCUUGAAUUAAGGGGACCCCCUCACAAACAAACUUUUCUACUUUUCCAUGGAAUUCAACCAAAAUUUCAGAGAAUGCUAAUCUUGGCUAGAAUAGAUUAUGGUUAAAAUAUCUCCCCAAAUUUGCUGGACGCUCACGAGUUAUAGUGAAUUCAUUGGUCAAAAAUACCCUUUGCGUGGGCAAGGUUUUUAAUAUGACGAUACAAGCUAAGCAUGUCGGGGUGGUUUUUAAAUUGUAGAAUACCCUUAGGGCUAGGUCGUAUCAGAGCCCGAUUUUUGAAAUUCGCUUUGUUUGCUUUUAAAAAAAAACUUUUUCGAAAAAUUCUCAAAUUCGUGAGCAAAAAAUCGGUAAUUAAAAUCAAAUAUUUAAGUUUUUUUUUCAGCAAAAGAGAAAUUCAAAAAUCCGACUCUGAUACGAUCUAGCCCCAAAUGUAUGCUGUAUAACAAAAAAAUUACCACUUUUAUAGUGAGUCGUUAUUGUGAAGAAUUUGCCCGCGUAAACAGCACUGCAAAACUACAGAUGUUUUCAUACUAUGCAAAUCCAUAUUUCUCAGCUAGGGGAUCUAGCGCAAAAAACUCAUCAGAAAAUCAGCUACUCUUCUUCUCUUAACAAAAAAAAUUGCCAAUUUAAAAUCCAUGUCAAGGCUAUCAGAAUAGGCAUCAGUGUCGACAUCGAAUUUUUCUCAAAAAAUCGACUGUUCUGAGGGGGGGGGGGGGCUUAAUACUUUUUACAAUUAAAUAAAAAAAAAAAAUUUUUAAUUGAAAAUAAUAAAUAAAUUGGCCAAUUUCUUGAAAGAAAAACAACAUCUAUCAAUACUUGUUUAUAAAACUUGAUAAAAAAAUACAUUUGUGUUUUUAAUAAGUAUCAUCAACUUUUCCUCCUCUUAUUGUAAGAUUCAUAGUUACUAUUGAAAAAUACUUUCUUUCUUGCAUGAGGUGAAUGUAACAAACUUGAUUUCAUUUUUGUCCAAUAUGCACCAAUUUUUAAAGUAUUGUUGUUUACUUAAGGUUUUCAUAAGAGCCAGUCCACGUAAGCCACGACCGACCUCAUAGGGACCUUGCUGAAUCGAGGUCGUCAGAUCUUGCUCAAUUUAAGGGAUGUGAUAGAGGGAAGAGUUCUAAGAAUUUUGGCGCAAGCCGUUUUAAAAAAUAUUGAUCCCUCGACUUUUUAUGAACAUUUUACGAAAAGGCCUAAAAUUGGCCAUAUUCAUCAACGGGAGUGCUAAUGAGGCUGUAUCUCAAAAAUGGCUCGCCCGAUUGAGCUGAAAUCUUUUGCUGAUAUAUAUCUCAGUGAGUCCUAUUUACCGUAAAAUUUUUGUUGAAAAAUAUUGAGCUCUUAGGAUUUUAUGAAUUACUCAAUAUAUGAAAAAAGUCACUUUUUUUGCAACUUUGAUACUUCAUAACUUUUGAUUGGAACUACAUUAUGGUCUGAAAUUUUUAUUGUGGAUAGAUACUUUAAAGAUGUAUCGCUCCGAAAAGUUUCAACUCUCUAGCUUGUUCCCUUCAGUCAGGAGACACCUCUCAAAAACGGGUUUUUGAUAAAAAUGCCAGUUUUCAGAAAUAGCUUUCUCCCAAGAAAUAGAUUACCUGGGAAGCUGCAAUUGUAAAGUCGAAAGUCCUCUCUCUGGGCUACAAUUCUGUAAAAACAUUAGCGUGGGAUCUCCAUAAACGGCUUGCACCGGAGGUCAUCUUUAUGAAGUUUUCUGCCGAGUAGUACCCCGGGGUGUGGGUGUGGGCGUCGCCGAGGAUAAGAGUUGUACCUAAACCCAUACCCAUACCCACACCCACACCCACACCCACACCCACACCCACACCCACACCCACACCCACACCCACACCCACACCCACACAC